UCCGGUGUCCUUGUGUUUCGUGUCAGGAGGAUAGCAGACAUCCGACGUGCUCCCAGUCACAUUAUGCAGCCAACACUACAGCAGGCUAGAUUCUUAUACAGUUGCAGUACAGUUUAUUGAUCGUUUCAUCAAUUAAAGGCGUAAGCGUGACUGUCUAGACGCAGUCUGAUACUCGAGAAUAAAGGAAGAAUAAGAUUACAUUUGGGUGGGUCCCUUAGUUUGUUGCCGGAAGUACGCCCCUGAACUUCCGGUGAGGUGUUCUCUGUCGACGAGUCAGAAAGAAAGUUAGCCAGCUCAAUUUCUCCCGGGCGUUUUUCGUCAUGUAUGUAGUUCAUGUUUAUGGUGACCAUCAAGGACGUGGACUAUUAUAGGCUGCUGUUAUGACUGCUGAGCAGACCACUGUUUUGGCACACGAACUUUGCAGUUGAGGCCGAGAAGAUGACGGGCAGUCUGAAGAUGAUGACAGACAUGAUCCUGCUGUGUGCCACUUUGGCCCUGUCCCUCUUCUUCUGGAUGCUGUCGCUCACCAUCAGCGCCUACUCGGGGACGUUGCAGCCCGUGUCACCAUGGCGAUGGUUGUUCUCCAUCCUGGUCCCCCUGGUGCUGACAAUCCGAGCUCUGAAGAGAUGCAGCCUGGACCGAUCCGGGGCGCUGGGUGCCAUGUUGGUCGGUUUUGUGUUGACCAUGGCCAACUUCAGCUUCUUCUCUUCCCUGCUGGUUUUCUUCUUCACAUCCUCCAAACUGACCCGCUGGGGGGGAGCGCAGAAGAAGAAAAUAGACGCCGAGUACAAAGAAGGGGGGCAGAGGAACUGGGUCCAGGUCUUCUGUAAUGGUGGCGUUCCCACAGAGCUGGCGCUGCUCUACAUGAUUGAGGCGGGUCCAGGUGAGAUGCCCAUUGAUUUUGGGCGACAGUACACGGCCUCCUGGAUGUGCUUGUCUCUGCUGGGGGCGCUGGCUUGUAGCACAGGGGACACCUGGGCCUCGGAGGUGGGGCCCAUCCUCAGCCAAUCUCGGCCGAGACUUAUCACCACCUGGCAGGAGGUGCCAGCAGGAACGAAUGGAGGGGUCACUAAUGUCGGACUGGUGGCCAGCUUCCUGGGUGGGCUGGUUGUGGGUGUGGCUUACUUCGCCAGCCAGCUGAUAUUCGUCAGCGACCUUCACCUGGCGGACCCCCAGUGGCCGCUCGUGGUGUACGCCGGUGUGGCAGGUUUGCUGGGCUCCAUCCUGGACUCCUUCUUGGGGGCCAGCAUGCAGUACUCAGGCUUCGACUCAAGAAUCGGGAAGGUGGUGAGUUAUGAGUCACCCACCACGCGGUGGAUAAGUGGGAAAACAAUCCUGGACAAUAACGCAGUCAACCUCUUCUCCUCCGUCAUUAUCGCACUCAUCCUGCCUGGGAUGGCGUGGGGGGUGUGGCCUCGCUAGGCUAGUGGAGGAGAGUGCAGCAAGCAUGUCUCCAGUCCACACGAGGAGUGUGUGG